AUGGUCUGUACCAGAUCACACAAACAGCAAAUUGCAGAUUUUGAUCCAGAACCUGAACGUACUGCCAGACAGAGACUUAGAAAGCAAAAUCUACAGUGUGAACCUUCACUGCAGGGAACAGUUUUGCAUAAUCGGUUUACUGGGGUUUUGGACAGCAAGGAAGCUAUGGCAUUUGUUCUACCAACAGCGGGACAACCACUGAGGGAAUCUUUGGCUGCUCAUGCCACAGAGGUGCCCAGCUGCAUUACCUAUCCUGAAGUUGAAGAUGGGUCUACGUUUGAGAUACGACAUCAUAUGUUGGAGAUUCUACCUUCAUUUCAUGGUUUAUCAACAGAUGAUCCUAACAUGCAUCUAACUGAAUUUCUAAUGGGAUGCAAAAACAUUUUGGUGAGAGGAUUUUCAGCAGAAUCUAUCAAACUCAGACUUUUUCCGUACACUUUGAAGGAUGGUGCAAGGAGAUGGUUACUCACACUACCAUCUGGAAGCAUUACUUCGUGGAACCAACUUAGUGCUGCAUUUUUAAGCAAAUACUACCCAGCUUCAAAAACACUUGAUAUGAGUACUCAAAUUUUAACAUUUGCUCAAAAACCUAAUGAAGCAAUUCAUGAAGCAUGGGAACGUUACAAGGAUCUACUCAGGAAAUGUCCACAUUCAGGCAUUAAUGGUGACACUCAAAUGAAUUUAUUUUACAGAGGGCUGAAUUUGACUACUAAGACUCUUGUUAAUGCUUCUUGUGGAGGAACGUAUUCAGACAAAAAUGCACUGCAAGCGUAUCAAUUGUUUGAGAACAUGGCGACAGAAUCUCAACAAUGGGCAAUUGAUAUACCUCAGACCAGGGGUGUUUUUGAGAUGUCCAGUGGUUCACCUCAUGUAUCUGCACAAAUAGAAAAGAUGGAGAAGAAGUUAGAAAAUUUUGAUGCAAAAUUUGACAUGCUUUUACAAAGAAUGGCAGCACCUAUGCAGCAGGUUGCUGUCCAGCAGCCUAUUGCAGCCGCCUGUACCAUUUGUGGCAUUACAACACAUGAUUUUAUGGGUUGCCCACAUAGGGCUGCAUACCCGGAGCAUGUUACAGAGCAGAUUAACGCAUUCAAUAAUUAUCAAAGGCCUAGAAAUGAUCCGUACUCAAAUUUUUACAACCCCGGGUGGAGAGAUCACCCAAAUUUCAAGUGGAAUAGAGAUCAACAGGUUAAACCACAGUUUCAACAACAAAUACAGCAACCUGAUGCUCAAGCUAAACCUUCUUGGGAAGUCGCAAUUGAAAAAUUGGCAGAUCAUACUAAGGCAAGUUUUGAUGCAACAAAACAGGAAAUUCAAAAAACCAACCAAAACAUUCAGAACAUACAAGCAACAAUGAAAGAUCUACAGCAGUAA